UUCCAGUUUGUUUGCAUUCGGCUGGGUAUCGGCCGGAAUAAAUAAUUUGUUAAGACUGCAAGUGUGAUUUUGUUAGCGUAAAAAGAAUAAGCACAGACUAAAUGACAGCAAGCUGAUUGGUGAUAUAUUACAAUAAGUCAAUGAAAUUGCAAAGUGUUUUGAGUAACUAGAAUAUCUGUAUCAAGCAUGGGAAGUAGGACAAAAGUUGCACUUGGGGUUGGAGCCUUUGGUGUAGCUGUUUAUGAGUAUUAUACUUGGAAUGCCCAUAGGGUAAGAAAAAAGUUUUUUCAAGCUGAAAGCAAGAUUGCACCGGAAUGGACAACUAAUCCUCUACCAUCAAGAGCGGCUCAAUUAAAAGCAUUGGAAUGUACCAAGGAAUUUGAUGUUCUUGUCAUUGGAGGUGGUGCAACUGGGUGUGGUGUUGCAUUGGACUCUGUUUCCAGAGGAUUGACAACUGCCCUUGUCGACAAAUAUGAUUUCAGUUCUGGAACGAGCAGCAGAAGCACAAAAUUGUUACAUGGUGGUGUCAGGUACUUGCAGAAGGCAAUCAUGGGACUUGACAUGGAUCAAUAUAGGCUGGUGAAGGAAGCAUUGCACGAAAGAGGAAAUCUACUUCAGAUUGCACCUCAUCUUUCCGGACCUUUACCCAUUAUGUUACCUGUGUACAAGUAUUGGCAAGUUCCAUAUUACUGGCUUGGUAUCAAAAUGUACGAUAUUGUCGCUGGCAAAGAAUGUUUACAAUCAAGUUAUGUUUUGAGUAAAGAAAAAUCUCUUGAAAGGUUUCCAAUGUUAAAAAAGGAGAAAUUGAAAGCUUCCAUAGUGUAUUAUGAUGGUCAACACAAUGACGCUAGGAUGAAUUUAGCAAUAGGAUUGACAGCUGCUCGACAAGGUGCUGCCAUUGCCAACCAUGUCGAAGUCUUGAAAUUGUUAAAGAGAAAGGACAAAGAUGGCAAUGAAGUUUGUUGUGGUGCUACAGUACGAAAUAACAUGAACGGAAAUGUUUUUGACAUUCGCGCUAAAUGUGUGGUAAAUGCCACCGGUCCUUUCACUGAUAAUAUACGAACUAUGGACGAUGCUGAAAUUCCUAAAAUUUGUCAACCAAGUGCUGGUGUUCAUAUCAUUCUCCCUGAUUAUUACAGUCCUGACACAAUGGGUUUGUUAGAUCCAUCUACCUCUGAUGGCCGAGUUAUUUUCUUCUUGCCGUGGGAAGGAUACACAAUUGCAGGAACAACGGACAGUCCUACUGACAUCACACCACAUCCUGAACCCAGGGAAGCUGAUAUUCAGUUUAUAUUGAAUGAAGUUAAAAAUUAUCUCAGUCCUGAUGUUCGAGUUCGCAGAGGUGAUGUGUUGUCUGCUUGGAGUGGAAUACGACCACUUGUCGUAGACCCAAGUUCAAAAAACACUCAGUCAAUCUCAAGAAAUCAUGUUGUUCAUGUCAGCCCAAGCAAACUUGUUACUAUUGCAGGAGGCAAAUGGACAACAUACCGGUCCAUGGCAUAUGAUGCAGUGGAAGCUGCUGUUAAACACUGUGAUUUGAAACCUGCUCGUCCAUCUGGUACCGAUGGCAUGAUACUAGAUGGUGGUCAUAACUGGACAGCAAAUUCUUAUAUAAAGCUUGCACAGGAUUAUGGUCUUGAAACUGACGUUGCUAAGCAUUUAUCGACAACAUAUGGAUCAAGAGCCGUAGCAAUAGCUAGAAUGGCAAUGGUUACAGGAAGAAGAUGGCCCAUUGUAGGAAAGAGAUUAGUGGAAGAUCUUCCGUACAUUGAAGCUGAGAUUAGUUAUGGAAUUGAGGAAUAUGCUUGCACUGCUGUUGACUUUCUUGCAAGGAGAACAAGGAUUGCAUUCCUGAACACACAAGCUGCUGAGGAAGCUCUACCUACUAUAUUGAAUGUUAUGAAGAAAGAAUUGAAAUGGUCGAAAGAGAGAGUGGAAAAAGAAAGACAGGAUGCUUUAGAAUUUAUUUAUCAUGAGAUGGGAAAGAAGAUCAACUUUUUUCAGACACGAGAAAGUGCUCUGGAACAUAGUCAAGGAGUUCAUCUGUCACCCAUUGAUCUCGACAGAUAUAAGAAACGAUUCAAUUUGUUCGAUAAAGAACGUAAAGGGUUUAUCACAAGACAGGAUUUGAAAAGUGUUUUAGAUCAGGAAUUUGAAGAAGGACAACUUAAAGAUGAUGAUUUGAGCGAUAUGUUGAAUGAGGUAGAUCUGAAUAAGAAUGGUAAAGUCGAAUUGGAUGAGUUUUUAGAGUUGAUGAGCAGCAUGCGUGAAGGAAAGGUGAUUGGAAAUCGACUCGCCACAUUUAUGAGACAAGGUGAACUUCGAAAAAUCAAGGAAAGGGAAGACAUUGCUGUAUCCAGAAGUGGAGGAGGAGUUUAAAUCUAUGAUAAUCAAUUUUUUUUUUCUCACAAAAAAUUCAUCUUCAAUCGAAGUGCAUAUUUUUUUUGCAAUGCUGUGAUUUUUUUUUCUCAAAUAUAUAAAACUUAUAGUCAGCACAAUGUACUUUAUAUAUGCGGCACAUUCCAUACAUAUUUUACCAAGCAUGUUCUAUAAUGGCGUGUGCCCUUCGGCCUAGACAUGUAUGGUUAAAAAUAAUACUAUCUACAUUUGUGUGCGUCACUUGUAACUGAUAGCUAUUAGUUAUUAUCUUGAUUGUAGCCUUGUUUCAAUAACCAUAAAAGAAUAUUUAUGGGAACUAUAUUAAAAAAAUAUUUUUUUGUAUAAUUUGAUAAUUUAAGUCACUGCGAUUUAAUAAAACAUAUUUGCAGUUUUUUUUUCUAUUUUUGUAUUAUUGUCCCAUACAUGGGACCUGGUGUGGUUGUGUAUUCUUGAUUUUUACAUGCCACAAUUAUUCACUUAUUGCUGGACCAUACUUGAUGUGAUUAUUUGAGCUUAUAAGGCAUAUGUUGCCAAAUGUUACACACCAUGGUAUAAAUUGAACAUGAAAUAUUGCUGGGUACUAGACAACCCCAUUAACUCACGGUUUUCUCCGACACAAUGUUUCGUUACAUAAGCAUAAGGUACCACGCGGUCUACCUCACCAUUCAGUAACUUGCCGUAAAUCGGUUUAUUUAUAUAAUGCUAUGCUUUAUACAUGAUGCACGCCUUCUUGAAUAAAUGCUGUUCAAGUCUGAAUAAACUUUGUUAUUUUUUUUUGCCUGUUAGCUGGUCUGACUAUCAAUUUUUGCGAACUCAAUAUAAUUUGUCGCAAAACACAAUUCCAUGUCUUUUGUUUUUCCGUUUAUAUAAUUGUAAUUUCACAAACCUGACUACGGUCAAGCAAUAUCAAUGAACACUGCCAUUUAAAUGAAAUAACGAUGGAAGAAGCAUUGUGCGAAUGCGUUUGUGCAUCCACUUAUUAAUCCAACUUUUUCUGUAAUUUAUUUGCAUUUGGGAUAUGCUGAAAUAAAGUACGCUCACGCUUACAUGG